AUGCGUUCCUUUUCAAAGCAGCGUACAUAUCUUCCAACCCUGCGUGUUCUACCAGAAGAACAACUACUGUACGAUGGCAGUGAAGGUUCUGUGAGCACUGUGGAUGAGCAUGACGAGACACUUGAUUUUGGCAAAGGUGACGGAACUAAUGUUGAAGCGGAAAUUGAGAGUGAAUCUCGGGACAAUGAGAAAGUGCAACAUGGUGUUCCAUAUGAACUGCGCGACGAAAAGGGCCGCAAAUGGUGGAAAUACUUUGACGAGUUUGAGUAUCGUGCCAACUCAGAAUACAGGAAAAAGCGCACUUGGUAUACAUUUCUAUACCCAAACCAUUUGACACAAACCAAAGCAGAACGUACGUUGCUUUACAAGCUAGAUCUUAUGAUUGGUCUCUACUUUUUGAUGUUAUGCUGGUGCAAAUCUCUUGACACCAACAACUACAUCAACGCUUACUUUUCAGGAAUGCAAAAGGACCUCAACAUGACUAAAAACGAUUACAUCAAUACCACUGCCAUCUCUAACGUAGGUGCAAUUGUGCUGCAGCUGCCAUUCAUGUACUUUCUACCAAGAUUCCCUGCCCAUCUCAUAUUGCCCAUCAUGGACUUGGGAUGGUCCUUUUUUACCUUUGCCUGCUACAGAGCCAACUCUUUGGCUGAACUGAGAGCUUACCGUUUCAUGGUCAGUGCAUUCGGUUCCGCUUACUAUCCAGUUUCUCAAAUUGUUCUCGGUGCCUGGUACGCCCCUGAUGAGAUCAGCUCCAGAGUAUGCCUCUUUUUCUGCGGCCAGCUGCUGGGAGGUGUGACAUCAGGAUUGUUGCAAGCCAGAACUUAUAAAGAUCUAAAUGGAGUCCAUGGCCUUGCUGGGUGGAGAUGGAUGUUUUUGAUCGAUGGAAUUGCCAUCUCCAUUCCAUGUGCUAUCAUUGGGUAUUUUGUUAUUCCAGGCGUUCCUUCGAAAUGCUACUCCUUAUUUUUAAGCGACGAUGAAAUUCGAGUUGCUCGUGCCAGAAAUAAGAGACUACAGAUCAAAGAUGCUGUCGACAGCAGCAAAUUGCUAUCUUUGUUCUCUUGGAAAAUUUGGAAAAAAGUGUUUUUCACACCAGCCUUCUGGGUCUUAGUCGUAUUUGACACUUGCUCAUGGAAUAACAUGACCGCGUUUAGCGGAAGUUUCUUAUUUUGGUUGAAAACCGAUCACAACUUUUCUGUGGUAAAAAUCAAUAAUCUAAGUGUGCUUCCGGCAUGUCUUGGAUUUGUUUUUGUGUUUUUCUGCGCCUGGGGUGCUGACUUGUUCCGCACGAAAUGGAUAUUCAUGGUCUUCUCACAAGCUAUGAAUUGCAUUUCCUGUGCCAUUUUGAUCAAAUGGGAUGUUUCCAAUAGUGCUAAGUGGUUUGCGUUUUUGAUCACCUACUUUUCUGUUGCUGCGUCUCCAUGCUUGUGGUCCUUCAUCAACGACUUCCUAAGAUUGGACCCGCAAUUGAAGGCAGUGACGUGGAUCGCCAUUUACAGUUUUUCGCAGUCUACUUACGCUUGGAUCCCAACUUUGGCAUGGAAAACAGUGGAACAACCCCGCUUCAAGACGGGUUACACCGUGAGUUUGAUUUUCUCGAUUGUCUACGGUUUGUGGACCUUUGUGGUGUUGUACUUUUACAAGAGAAACGAGAAGAAAAACGCACUUGGCAACGGUAUAAUCCUCUACAACAGUGAUCAUGGUGAAGCGCCUCCUGCGUUCAUCGAAACGGAAAUGGAGAAAAGAGGCGAAUACUAUUUCUUGAAGGAGAAGAGUAAGGAAAAGCAAGACAUUUAG